AUGGCAACUCACAAACGGAUCAAUAUAGGUGAACAUGUGGUACUGAGACUACCAUCUAACAAUUUCAAAGUAUGUGAACUUAGGGCCGACACAGAGAUAUCAUUAGGCAAAUUUGGUGCUUUUAGAGUUAAUGAUAUCAUUGGAUACCCGCUGGGUACUACCUUUCAGAUUUGCUAUGACAAGUCGUUUGAAGAAGUUGAGCAGAAAGAGACCAAAAACAAGGCGAAAACACCAGCAGGAAAUGUUCGAAUUCUGUCUGAUAGACUUUCUGUAAGCGAUUCUGAUGCGAAUGGGGAUUCUGAAACCGAUUUGUCGAAGGCCCCUGAAGUGGCUACGUAUUUAAGCAGUGAGACGAAUAAAAAUUUGAUUAAUGUUGGUAAUAAAAUUCAAAAGUUAACCAUGGAGGAAAUUGAAGAAUUAAAAAAACAAAGUGUUUCUGGAGAAGAGAUUAUCGCUAAAAUGAUUGAAGCUCACGGUAGCUUCCAUCAUAAGACCGUACACUCUCAGGAAAAAUACUUGAAACGCAAAAAGCAGAAAUUCGCCAAAUUUUUUACCGUCGAGAGCCCCACCAGUUCUGCUCUUUUGCAAUAUUUAAUCGACAAAAACGACGUGGCACGAGCGCUUGAUCUUUCGCAGGAAAGUCUCGGGAUAAUUUUGAGUUUGGCCAAUGUGAGGCGAAACGGCACUUAUCUCUGUGUUGACGAGACCGGUGGAUUGUUAGUUUACGCUAUGUUAGAGCGUAUGUUUGGAGGUAAUGCCUUGCCAGAUCAAGACGGUAAGAUUAUCCUAGUACAUGAAAAUGAGCAUCCUAAUAUUGAUCUGUUAAAGUUUUCGAAUUACUCGGAAGAAUUCAUUAAGGAUCAUGUUAAGACGAUAUCAUUACUGGACUUUUUUGAGCCUCCCGGUGUGGAAGAGGUUCAAUCUGCGUUCACACCUCUCUCGCACGAUGCUUUGAAAGAAAUGAAAAGUAACCGGAAGGGCGCCUAUUAUCGUAGGUUGCGGUGGUAUGAAAAUCAAUUAGAAAUCAUCGAUUUGGCUACUAAGCUGUCCUACGAUGGUUUGGUUGUCGGCUCCACACUCUACCUUCCAGAUUUAGUAUUACAGUUGAGCACGAAGGUUCAUGGUUCAAGGCCAAUCGUGUGCUACAGCCAAUUUAAGGAGACACUGUUAGAACUUUCACAUGUUCUAUAUGGUGACCUUCGGUUUUUGGCUCCUACGAUCUUGGAAACUCGAUGCAGACCUUAUCAAACGAUCCGUGGGAAACUUCACCCCCUCAUGACCAUGCGCGGGGGUGGUGGAUACAUCAUGUGGUGUCAGCGCGUAAUACCGGUCCAGGAAAAUGAUAUGGCCGCGUUAGAGCGUCCAAAGACCACCGAAUCUCUAGAAGACAACGAAGUCAAGAAGCAGAAAGUGGAGUGA